AUGGGUGGCAUGCAAACGACCGUCGGAAGUUGGGAUGUCGUUGCAACUCGAACGCUGCGAAUCAUCGCUGCGAUCAAGUCAGUCAUGGACUGCCGACGGGUGGAAGAUAGACUGCGGCCCUACCUCACCGCGAAACCGCAGCAAUCGUCGGCGCAUCUUCCACACAAUCUCGACAUCAACAGUCACCGCAAGCCUGCAGAAGCAAUGCCUGCAUCCGGCCGCAACCAGUUCGUGCGCUCAGACUUCGCUACGCCUUACAUGACUGCUGUCCAAGACUCUACAGGCGCGGUCUUCUUCACCUUCGACAGCUUAGCAAUGCGGUCCUCGCCCGCUUCAAGUCUGGGUCUUUUGGGAAAGCUGCCAGAAGAGCUGAGGGAGGAGGUGUUCAGCUACCUCUGCCCAAGCCCACAUCUCAAGGUCGGCCGUCAGAGGCGCAUCGUCAACACCGACGAAGAAUACUACACCAGCAUCGAAGCCUCCGACCGCGAUGACUGGAACGCGUUCCUGAAGCUGUCCGCGACGAACAAGUCAGUGAAGAAGCUGUGCGAGUUGUACAAGAGCAAGGCACAGACCGCGAACCGUCUUCACCUGGUCAUGGACAUGACCGCGCACUUCGACCAUCCAGCGAAGCUCACCCUCGUCCCUCGAUACAACCCAGCGUCCUUCAUGAGGUUCUUGAACACCUUCACGCGUCUGAAGCUGUGCACCGUCAUCACGCUGUACGCGCAGGCUCCCAAGAAGGACGAUCACGACGACUUCUGUGACCAGCCUGAGGACGAGGAAGAAGAAACGGAGUACGAGCGCAUAAUUGGGGGAAUUACACUUACCAUUGACCUCACCACCGCCUCUCGCAAGGUCACGGCUGCCGACAAAUACAACAUCCUCUCGUCUGUCGGCAUCACCCUCUUCGACAACGUCUCCGCUUCCAGCGAGCCGUCCUUCGCCGCAGCGUUUCGAAGCAUCAAAUACGGUCUCCAACACCCUCUCAUCGCCCAAUCAGUCGCCACGCAACCCUACCUCAACCGCAUCAGCUCCAAGGGCAUGUACGAUAUUGGGAUUCUACUCACCACACGCGCGCCUGCACUCGCUGCCUUUGCUCAUCACGGCGUCAAGAACGGCGUGCAAGUCCGAGCUCAUUCGCACACAAACUCGAUGGGUUGGCUCGGCUGGGUUGAAGAUCAGGAAGAUGAGGAAGCGAAGAGGGUCGCAGCCAAGGCACAAGAGGAAGAUCGCAAGGUCGCAGACGCGAACGCGAAGACCGCGAUGUUGGCGAAGAAGGUUGAGGAUGCAGUGAAAGCUGCAAAGAGCAAGGACGAUCGCGAGGACGAGUACACUGACGACGAGGAGUGA